AUGGAAGACGAGUGGACGGUCAAUGCCAACGAGGCGCUUUUUAUCUCCCUCGUGCGACCCACGUCUUCCGGUCUCGAAAAGAUCGCAACGUUCAACCCGAAGUUCACAUAUGCCAUUUUCGGCGAAGACGAGCGCAUAUUCGGAUACAAGGGCCUGAAGAUAAACCUCCAGUACGAUGCUCGAGAUCUGCGACCGAAUCUGUCGGUGACCUCAUCCAGGAAGUUCGCUUCGGUCGCCGGUGUCGAGGCGCUAGAUGUCAGAGAGACCCUGAAAGAGUUCCUACCCGGAGUUGCAUUCCAGGGACGGCAGGAGUACGAUUCGGCUGUGAGAAAUACCCCGGAGACAUGGGCUCCUCCUGGUACCCUCGUCAAGACCGCCGAGAAGGAUGGGGAAAUCUACGAAGUAUGGCACGGCACCAUGGCAGACCUGGCUGUCAAGCAGAUGCUCAAGAGAAUCCAAGUUAUGGUCCUGCUGUUUAUUGAAGGCGGAUCUUAUAUCGGACAAAACCCGGAGGGCAAGGAGGAGCCAGAGUAUUCUCUGGCCCGAUGGUCGGUCUUCUUCAUUUACAAGAAGCAACCGACCACUGAUGCACCGGACAAGCACCGGUACAUAUUCCAGGGUUUCUCAACCGUCUACGACUUCUGGAUGUUCCAGCAGCCAACACCUCGGGCGAGCCCCGCCAAGGAUAGUAUUGACCACGCCUGGGAACUUCCCGAGGGAGACUUCUCCCUUAAGGAUCUUCCCAGCCGCUCGAGGAUAUCGCAGUUCGUCAUUUUGCCUCCAUUCCAAGGGAAAGGCGUCGGUGCCCUGCUCUACAACACAAUCUUUUGCCUCGGCGUCGACGAUGCGUCUGUGAAGGAGGUCACGGUUGAAGACCCUAACGAGGAUUUUGAUCUGGUUCGGGACCUCUGCGAUAUGAAGUAUCUGCGAAAGAACAUACCGGGAUUCGCAGCGCUCAAGGUCAACGCCAACGUGUCAAUACCCGAAAAGGGAGCCAUCCUCCACAACAACACGCGCGUUUCAUCUCCUGAGUCAGGGAGCUCGUCUGCGGAUGGCAUAGUCGAUAUGGAUGCGCUGGAAGCAAUGCGAGUCAAAGCCAAAAUUGCACCUCGGCAAUUCUGGAGACUUACGGAGAUGCAUCUCAUGUCGACGCUACCUGACUCUGUCCGGCCUCGACCAGAUACUGAUUCGGUUGCGCAACCCUCGCAAUCGAAAGCUGAUCUGCAAGCCUACACGGUUUGGCGAUUGCUGCUGAAGCAGCGCCUCUACCGCCGAAAUGCCAACGUUCUCGGGGAAUUCGAGAUCACCGAGCGUAUCAUCAAGCUCAACGAGACUGUUAGCAACGUCGAGUGGGAGUACGCGAGAAUCCUUGAGCGGUUAGAACCCAAAGCCGUUGUGGCUAACAGCAAGAGAAAGCUGGACAGCGAAGCGGAGGAAGCCAGCACGUCGAGCAAAAGAGCGCGAGUUGAGGACGCCUAG